UUAUUUUUCCACCCUCCAGGAAGUGGACUUUUCAUUCUCUUCUGACUGGUUCUGCGGGCGCUUUCCCCGUCUCCGCCAGGCACACGGAGUCUUGUAGCUUAGUUCCCCUCUCCUCUCUCGGGAAGCAAGCUCCCCCUGCACAUCCGAGCCAUCUACUGGGGCGAGGCGAGCGGGGACGCGCCGCGGGACCCCCCAGUUAGCUCGGGCCGCGGCGACGCGGGGACAAGGGGUGGCCUCGGCCCGGACCCCAACCCGGCCCCGGCCCGGCGCGCGUACAACCCCCGGGGCUCGCCGAGUUCGCCCGCACCCCGCGCCCCCGGCCUCCACCCAGCGUCCCCGGCACUGACGCCCCUCUCCCUCCUACUGUCGCCGCGGGGGCUCCCCCAGCGGAGCGGGGAUUACACAGCCGCCGGGAUGCCCCAGCUCUCGGGGGGAGGCGGCGGGGACCCGGAGCUCUGCGCGACGGAUGAGAUGAUCCCCUUCAAGGACGAAGGCGACCCCCAGAAAGAGAAGAUCUUCGCGGAGAUCAGCCACCCUGAGGAGGAAGGAGACCUGGCCGACAUCAAGUCCUCCUUGGUGAACGAGUCUGAGAUCAUCCCUGCCACCAACGGACACGAGGUGGCCAGACAAGCACAAGCCUCUCAGGAGCCCUACCACGACAAGGCCCGGGAACACCCCGACGACGGAAAGCAUGCAGAUGGAGGGCUCUAUAACAAGGGGCCCUCCUACUCCAGUUACUCGGGCUACAUGAUGAUGCCAAAUAUGAACAGUGACCCGUACAUGUCAAACGGAUCCCUUUCUCCGCCCAUCCCGAGGACAUCCAACAAAGUGCCCGUGGUGCAGCCUUCGCAUGCAGUGCACCCCCUCACGCCCCUCAUCACCUACAGCGACGAGCACUUCUCUCCGGGCUCGCACCCGCCACACAUCCGGUCCGAUGUCAACUCCAAGCAAGGCAUGUCCAGACACCCUCCGGCCCCUGACAUCCCCACCUUUUACCCGCUGUCUCCGGGUGGCGUUGGACAGAUCACCCCUCCUCUUGGCUGGCAAGGUCAGCCUGUUUACCCCAUCUCGGGUGGAUUCAGGCAGCCCUACCCAUCCUCCCUGUCGGUCGACACCUCCAUGUCCAGGUUCUCCCAUCACAUGAUCCCUGGUCCUCCCGGUCCCCACACAACUGGCAUCCCUCAUCCAGCUAUUGUCACACCUCAGGUCAAACAGGAGCACCCCCACACCGACAGUGACCUAAUGCACGUGAAGCCUCAGCACGAACAGAGAAAGGAGCAGGAGCCAAAAAGACCUCACAUUAAGAAGCCUCUGAAUGCAUUCAUGUUGUACAUGAAAGAGAUGAGGGCCAACGUGGUUGCCGAGUGCACGCUGAAGGAGAGCGCGGCCAUCAACCAGAUCCUCGGCAGGAGGUGGCAUGCCCUGUCUCGGGAAGAGCAGGCUAAAUAUUAUGAAUUAGCGCGCAAGGAGAGACAGCUCCACAUGCAGCUGUACCCGGGCUGGUCUGCGAGAGACAAUUACGGUAAGAAGAAGAAGAGGAAGAGAGAGAAGCUGCAAGAGUCUGCAUCAGGUGGCAAACGCAGCUCAUUCCCAACGUGCAAAGCCAAGGCAGCGACCCCAGGACCUCUGCUGGAGAUGGAAGCUUGUUGAAAACCCAGACUGUCUCCAUGGCUUCCCCAGGUGACCCCAAGGAGCAGAGACACCAGCCUGCCCCAAGGUCCCUGCUUAAGACGCAGCUCCACGGAGACAAUCACUGCCACCCCCUUUGUCUACUGCAGCAGCCAUGUCCCAGAAGAAAGCAUCAAAAUGGUUGUUUUUUUAAAAGGAAGUUACAAAGCACACGAGAAUGCCAGCAGGCCCCAGUCGCCGGAAGCUUCCUCCCUGUCUCUGCGUGCGCUUCCGGAGCACCUGUGCCUGCACUGUCCCCAGGCAAGGACAGAACCUCGGCUGCCUUUGCCUGCCACGCAACUGGAGCCAGCAGCCAGCAUGUCCAUCCGUCCAUCAAUCCGACGGUCACACCCCAGCGGAGGAAUUUGUGGGAGCGACUCCUCUCCGUUUGUCUUCGUUUUUCCUUCCUUUCUCCUAAUGCUUUUAUUUAACAGUGCAAAACUUGGAUCAAUCUUAUGUUUGCUUCUGUUUUUUUUUAAACUUGAAUUCUUCAAACAAUUUACACUUUCUGAUUUCUUGUAUAUUUUGCUAGCUAUGAGCUUUUAAAUAAAAUUCAAAGGUCGGGAAAACUUGGAAAUAAAAACAAAUGAAAAGAAGCCUUCUCUUUCUGAGAGAUCUCAUCCCAUAAGUGGCUUCUCUGUGAAUUGCCUGUCACAAAUAGUGGCCUCUCUGUCCUUGUGAGGUGUCCGAUAGAGCUACGUAAACACGACAGCGAAGACCACUCUGUGGGCAACAAUUCGCACUCCUGUUUCACUUAGUUUUUCUUGAUUUUUUUCCCCUUUUCGAAAUGGUAACCUUGACACACACUUCAGACUGGUUUGCAGUGACUUUCCAUUUCGUUCUUUUUCACCCCCUUAUUGUAAAAAGCCCAGCACUUGAAUUGUUAUUACUUUAAAUGUCCUGUAUUUGUAUCUGUUUUACUAGGCAAUUAGUGGGAUUUUAUGCCAGUUGUUAAAAUGAGCAUUGAUGUACCCAUUUUUUUUUUUAAAUAGCAAGGCACAGCCUUUGCUCCAAACUGUCAUCUAACCUUUGUCAUUCCAGUUUGAGUUAACGUGCUGAGCAUUUUUUAAGAGAAGCUUUGUAAUAAAACAUUUUUAAAAAGAAA